AUGGUUUUAGGGGAUUUUAAUGCCCCUUAUUCAGGCGGAGAUAGGUCUGGUGGUAAUCUUAUAGCUAGUUUCGAACUGGCUGAUCCUAUUGGGUGGCUGACAAAUGCAAAAACUGAAGCUCUUAAGAGCAUGGGUUCUUAUUUCACUUGGACAAACAACCAAGAUGGCUUAGCUGGGAUUUAUUCUAAAAUUGACCAUGUCCUAAUUAAUGAAGAUCAUCAUGAGUUUAACCAAGUGGUUUUGAAUAGCUGGAGGGCCCCUGUUAAAGCUUCUGGUUUGAGGGAAAUUUUUAUCAGAUUAGUUCAGUUGAAGCAUAAACUUAAGAAAUUUAAUAAGGAUUGUAUUGGAGAUGUAGGGUCUGGUUAUCAGUUGGCUUUGGAGGCUUUUCAAAAUGCCCAACUUCAAGCUCAAGAGAAUCCUCAAGAUCUUAAGUUGCAGGUGGUGGUGAAGGAGAGGGCUGCUGAGUUUCACCAUCAGGAACAAAUGUAUCAUAGUUUCCUUGUUCAACGUAGUAAGAUUAAUUGGAUUAGGAAGGGAGAUGUGAACUUUUCAUUCUUUCAUGCCUUCCUGAAAAAGCCGAAAGCUGAGAAUUCCAUAGCCUCUUAUAUUAAUGAGCAUGGAAUAUUGAUAGAUGAUUUUAAGGAGGUGAUGGACCAUUUUGUUGAUCAUUUCAAGAACCAUCUGGGUAGUUCUAGCUCUGCUACAGGAACGGUAGAUCAGCAUUGUUUAGCUUUGGGCAACAAGCUUUCAGUGGAGCAGCAGCUUUAUCUUUUAAAACCAUUCUCCAUCAAGGAAAUACGAGCUGCUAUGUUUAGUAUCCCUAGUACUAAAUCACCUGGUCCUGAUGGUUAUGGUUCCGGUUUCUUCAAGUCUAUGUGGAAGGAUAUUGGUCAGGAUAUAUGCUCAGCAAUCAUUCAUGGUUUCUCUACAGGCCAUUUUCCUAAGGAGCUUCAUGAAACUACUUUAUCUCUGAUUCCUAAAGUGUCUAAUCCAGCUAGGGCCUCUGAUUACAGACCUAUUGCUUGCUGCUCUACACUGUAUAAAGUCAUGGCUAAGUUGUUAUGUUCUCGGCUGGCAGUGGUGCUUCCCUAUCUUAUUCAAUCUAAUCAAGAUGAUGUCAUUCUGUUUUGCAAAGGCUCUCUUGGGGCAGUUAAUGUUCUUAAGGACUCUCUUAGGAAUUUUAGUGAAGCAUCUGGGCUGACAAUAAAUGCUAAGAAGUCUCAGAUUUAUUUUGGAGGGGUUAGUGCAGCAGAUAGGACUGUGAUAACACAGGUUCUUCAACUUCCUGUAGGGACUUUUCCUCUUCAUUAUCUUGGGGUUCCUUUGAGGCCUACUAAAUGGAAGCAUGUGGACUGUGAGAUUAUAGUCCAAAAAUUGAGAACUAAAUUGUUUUCCUGGUCUAGUAAGCACCUGUCCUAUGCUGGCCGUUUAUUGCUCAUUCAAACUGUUCUUUUUGGCUUGAGAAACUAUUGGAUAACUGUGUUUAUCUUACCUCAAAGCAUCAUUAAGGAGGUUGAGAAGUUAUGUAGAUUGUUUCUUUGGGGGGCCUCGGGGACUCGUAGUAAACUUCAUUUAGCUUCUUGGCAUCAAGUUUGCAUGCCUAAGGCUUAUGGAGGGCUCGAGCUCAGGGAUGGCGCUAGCUGGAAUAGAGCUCUUCUAGCUAAGUAUAUUUGGGUUGUUACUACUAAACAAGACACUCUUUGGGUCAAAUGGAUUCAGCAUGUUUACCUAAAGGGGGUUAACUUUUGGGACUAUGUAUUGAAGCAGGACAAUAGCUGGUAUUGGCGUAAACUCUGCCAUCUAAGAAAUAGAUUCAUUGAAGGAGAGGUCUUAGCUGCUGGUGUUUCUGGGACAUUCAGACCAUCCAAGCUGUAUAACAGCUCACAUAACCAGCAAAUUGUGGCCUAUAAGAAUGCAGUCUGGUGUCGUACAAUUCUCCCUAAGCACCGGUUCUUAUUAUGGAUGGUGGUUAACUCUUUCCUCCUAACUAGAGAUAACUUGGCUAAAUGUUCCAUUCAUCUUAAUAGCUCUCUCUGUCCGGUUUGUGAAGACCAGCUGGAGAGCCAUCACCGUCUGUUUUUUGAAUGUUGUUUAUCCAAGAGAGUCUUGUCAUGUAUCUUUUCUUGGCUUGGUUUUCAUGCUUGGGCCACCAAGUACUCGGAUUGGACUGUGAGGCUCAGUUGUGGGCAAAAUGACAGUAUGAGCAUGAUUCUUAAUAUGGUUCUAGCAGCUGUGGUGUAUCAUAUAUGGAGGAAUAGGAAUAGAUGCAUUUUUGAUGGUCUCUCAUUGAUAGCUAACUGUAUAGCUAAAGAUGUUAUUACCUUAGUCCAAUAUAGAUUGUUCAGUGUUCAUAGUAGGAAGGCUCUCCCUCAUCUCAAGCUUUUCUUAAGGAAACUUCAUUGUAUGUAG